UUCCUUGAUUUGAAGAAACACAGAUGAUUGUAGUUAGGAACCUUAGAACAGGUGCAGGUCAAUGCUCCAGAGCGUUUAAAAUCUCCCGAAACAUUAUUAUGGCUGAAAGCUCUUUUCACACAACUAGCUGUAACAAAGCAGAGUUUCGCGAUCUACUCCAAAAGGCAAAGAACGUUGUUGUUCUAACUGGAGCAGGUGCUAGUGCUGAGAGUGGGAUUCCAACAUUUCGAGGCUCCGGUGGUCUUUGGAGAACUUUCAGAGCUCAAGAUCUUGCGACUCUCGAAGCAUUUCGUAGAAAUCCGUCAUUAGUAUGGGAGUUUUAUAGUUACAGGCGAGAAGUUGUCCUCACGAAACAACCAAACAAGGCGCAUUAUGCUAUUGCAGAGUUGCAGAAAAAGUUUGGAGAACAAGGUAGAAAUGUCGCCGUGAUAACACAGAAUAUUGAUGGAUUACAUCAGGCUGCUGGGACGGAAGAAGUAAUAGAACUUCAUGGGGCACUGUUUAAGACAAGAUGUACUGUAUGUGGACAUGUAACAGAAAAUAGGAACAGUCCAAUUGUACCCGCUUUAGCUGGGAAAGGAGCACCUGAUCCUGAUGCCCAGGAUGCAAAGAUUCCAAAGAAAGAUCUACCCAGGUGUGUCCAGCCCAAUUGUGGACAAUUGGCCCGUCCUCAUGUUGUGUGGUUUGGAGAAAAUCUAGACUACAAUGUAUUGAAAGCUACAAACAAUGCCUUGGAAAAGUGUGAUAUGUGUCUUUUGGUAUGGAUUUCUGAAAUAUUGAAGAUAAAUUCCCUAUUUCCAGGCUCCUCUCAGUUGCUGUUAUUAUUCUGUCCUUCCCUUUCCCCUCUCCCCCAAAAGUCCCUUUUCCUUCUCUCCCCUACUCCCAAAGUACCUCUCCUCUCCUCCACCCCCCAAAUGGAACAACAACAAUAAAGCCAAUUUCCAGGUAGACCCUAAAUUUCCUGAUGACCAGAGGGACCCAAAAUUGUAUAUUUGUACACUUAAUU